CAAUCAGGAGCUCGGAUACCUCAGAAGGCGCCGAAUGUGAAGCAGGGCGGAAUCGAGGUCUGUUUCGGGCCUAGUCGUUUACGAGAGGCCGGGGGAUGCGAGGCCUCAAGCAGAGUUACUGCAUUUCUUCCGCGUGUAACUUUCUAAAAGGAUGGCAUCUGUACCCCAAAACAACCUCCAGGAGCAGCUUGAACUUUACUCGGCUAAGGGGACCCUGAACAAACUGGCGCUUCAGAAACCCAAAGCCAUGGGGUUUACAUUCAGAAAGAAAACCGUAUUUGAUAACGGGAAAACCACAGAAUGUUUAAGUGGGACGAAAGGUUGGCCCUUACAGGACAAGGAUACUAACUUUUCCCUGAAAAAAACCAACGGACCUUUAUUUGGCCCUAAGGAGAAACAGGCCAAAAUCGUUGACCUUUUUGGAACAACACAGAAAGGACAAGAAGGAAAACAAAGUUGCCCAAAUGACCCAUCACAGAGUUCUUUGGGCCGCUUCACAUUUUCCACGAAAGAAAGAGAUGCGGGCAGUCAACCGGAGGACCCCAAAGCAGACCACAACUCUUCAUACAGUUCAGUUAUUAAUAUCGACAAUGUCUGGGAUGACAUUGAUGACUUUGAAAUUGCCAGGCAGGAAAAGAAAUGCUCAAAAUCCCCUGCUUCGUUGUCAUCAGGUGCUCUGCUUGCAGAAAAGAGCAAAGCUCCGAAAAACCAAAAGCCUUUAACCAGCAAACAGUCAGUGCCUUUGGUCAGCGGGAAAGGCAGCCAGUUGUGCAAUGAGGGUUUUGAUAAUAACAAGAGCAGCACAAUCCAGAUUCCUGAUGAUGAUGACGACGACGACAACGGAAAUGCUCCAGGAAGCCAGUCUGUCAUUUGCCUUGGCCCAAUAACCAGCCAUGGUGGAAGCCUUUCAGAUAAAGAUCUUCCACUAGGAAGUCGCUCAGGAGGAAAACAAGUGGAGCCUUUGGAAAUACAGAAUGACAGAGGGGAGAAACCAGGAAGUUCCUGCAACGACCCAGAGGUGUUCAAUGAAUCUGAGACUGAAGAUUAUGUUGACUUCGUUCCACCUUCCCCAGAGGAGGAUGAGGUCCCCUCUUCAGCGUCUUCCUUUAAAAGUGUCAGUUAUAUAUUCAAAGAAUCUGCUGUUGAGAAAACACGGUCUCCUCAAGCAUUGAAAAGCAGUCUUCCUGGCUCUAGAGAAACCAGCAGUGGAAGCAGAAAGGCUCAGGAAGGUAAACCCUUUCCUUCAGAGCAAUCCCUCUACAGUGUCAUGGAGGAGAUCUGCAAAUUGGUAGAUUCCAUCCCAGAAAAGGAUCUGAGGUCUUUAUCAUGUGGAAGUGAGCUCAUUCGGCACAGAGAUUACAGAAGGCAACUCUUAAAUAAUACCACUAAUGGAAGUGGAAGGGAUACAGUUAUACCUCUGGAUGGAAACAGGAAGGCUUUGUCCAGGUACGAUGGCUCUCUGGAUAGCGGUGUUUCCUUUCGUCUGGAAGAAGAAAAUGUCAACAGUCCUCCUGGAGGAACAGGCACUUCUACACUGCCUUCCGUGAGACAAUCUGGCAUUCUUGAGCGCCAUCACAACUUUCAUUCUACCCCUUUCGUCGUUCCUGCUGUUCAAGGCUCCAGUAAUUUAAGCCUGUCCAGAUUUCCAGGGAAUUCUUCCUUGGAGAGUGGCAUCUCUCCCUUGCAAAAUGCAUCAUUAUCUUUCCCCAAAAGAGGCUCCACCAGUGAAAGGAUAUGGUCUGAAAACUCAAGAGAGAAAGGCUCCAUGAAUCCAGAGAUGAAAUUUGCAGCUGAUUCUUUGGCAAACGGAUCCGUGAACUUUGACGAUGACAAUUUCGACAUUGAUGACUUUGACGAAUUAGACGAGAUAGUACAGCUUUCGGGUGCGGAGCAGCCUCUCCAGGCUCCCUGCCUGCCUGCCGCUGCCCCAUUUAUGGGAAAUGGCUCCCUGGCAUCCGUCGCAGGACGGAGCCCACUUUCAAGCACUGUUCUUCCCAGAGCGAACCAGCAUGCGCUUGCCAAGACUGGCUUGGUCCCAAUGGUGGAAUCCCCCUCUGUCAGGAACCCCUCCCUGGAACGCUUCAGGGGCUGCUCGUUCCCCCAUUCCAAUGAAAUGAUGAAAGUUUUCCACAAACGGUUUGGUCUGCAUCACUUCCGGACAAACCAGCAGGAGGCCAUCAACGCCGCUCUGCUAGGCGAAGACUGUUUCGUCUUGAUGCCGACAGGAGGCGGCAAGAGCUUAUGCUACCAGCUGCCAGCCUGCAUUUCGGUGGGAGUCACUAUAGUAAUUUCCCCCUUGCGUUCCCUGAUCGUGGAUCAAGUCCAGAAGCUGACAUCGAUGGAUAUUCCUGCGACGUACCUGACAGGAGAUAAGACUGAUGCGGAAGCCUCCAGGAUAUACAUGCAGCUCUCCAAGAAGGACCCAAUCAUCAAACUGCUCUACGUUACUCCAGAAAAGGUCUGCUCAAGUGGGCGGCUGAUGUCAACUCUGGAGAAUCUGUACCAGCGGCAACUUUUGGCUCGUUUUGUGAUUGACGAAGCCCACUGCGUCAGCCAGUGGGGCCACGACUUCCGCCAAGACUACAAGCGGCUGAAUAUGCUCCGCAAGAAAUUCGCCUCAGUCCCCAUGAUGGCUCUCACGGCCACUGCUAACCCCAGGGUGCAAAAGGACAUCCUCUACCAGCUGGAGAUGCUUAAGCCGCAGGUGUUUAGCAUGAGCUUUAACAGACACAACUUGAAGUAUGAUGUUUUGCCCAAAAAGCCCAAAAGUGUUGCGUUGGACUGCUUGCAAUGGAUCAGAAAAUAUCAUCCCUAUGACUCUGGAAUCAUCUACUGCCUCUCACGCUACGAGUGCGACUCUAUGGCCAGCAGCCUGCAGCAGGCUGGCCUGUCUGCACUCGCGUACCACGCCGGCCUCCCUGACGAAACCAGGGACAUCGUGCAGCAGAAGUGGAUCAAUCAGGAUGGAUGCCAGAUCAUAUGUGCUACCAUCGCUUUUGGCAUGGGGAUCGACAAGCCCGAUGUGCGCUUCGUGAUCCAUGCCUCCCUCCCCAAAUCCAUUGAGGGCUACUACCAGGAGUCAGGAAGAGCCGGGCGCGAUGGAGAAAUGUCCCACUGCCUGCUCUUCUACAGCUACAGUGACGUUACUCGCUUGCGGCGCCUCAUCCUGAUGGAAAAGGACGGCAACAGCCACACACGGCAGACGCACUUCAACAACCUCUACAGCAUGGUCCAUUACUGUGAGAAUGUGGUGGAGUGCCGGAGGAUACAACUUCUGGCCUACUUUGGGGAAACAGGCUUUAAUUCUAAAUUUUGCAAGGAAUAUCCUGACGUCAGUUGUGACAACUGCCGUAAGGUGCAGGAUUAUAAUAUGAAGAACGUGACCGAAGAAGUGAAAAGCAUUGUUCGGUUUGUCCAGGAGCAUUGUGGCGGAAAGGGAAGAAGAAAUGGAGGGAGGUACACACUCAAUAUGAUGAUCGACAUUUUCUUGGGUACCAAAAGCGCCAAAAUCAAGACUGGCAUCUAUGCCAAAGGAGCAGCCUACUCACGCCACAAUGCGGAGCGGCUCUUUCGGAAGCUGGUAUUGGAUAAGAUUUUGGACGAAGAGCUGUAUAUCACGGCAAACGACCAAGCCGUGGCCUAUGUACACACAGGAGAAAGGGCCCACGAGGUGCUCAGCGGCUGCCUGCUGGUUGAGUUCUGCGAGACAGAAAGUGCCAGCAGCCUCCGGAAGCACAGGGCGUCUGUCAUCAAGGUCUCCCAGCGGGAGGAGAUGGCCAAGGAGUGCCUCUCGGAACUCACUGCUGUCUGCAAAAACCUGGGCAAAGUGUUCAGCGUUCACUACUUCAACAUUUUUAACACAGCCACACUGAAACGAAUAGCAGAGACGUUAUCUUCAGACCCAGAAGUCUUGCUCCAGAUCGAUGGCGUCACAGAAGACAAGCUGGAAAAGUACGGAGCAGAAAUAAUUGAAGUGAUGCGAAAGUAUUCUGACAAAACAUUGCCAGAAGAAUGCCAGCCUCCCCUAGCCACAGAUUCUGGGAGGAGGAAUUACUGUGCUGAAGAGGCUGAAGAAGAGAUAGAGGUAACGUCCGGCUACUUCCAGAGCAAACCCAACCGGGGAAAGAAGCGGAAAAAGCCACAGUUCUUCCGAGAGUCGAAAAGGAAGAAGCCUGGGCCUGGAAGACACCAGCCACAUGCAAAGGGGAAUUGUAACGGCUCCAAAAAGGCACCGUCCGGCCCUUCUUUGAACGCCUCUCCCGUCAGACCAGGAAGCGGAAGAAGACCUGGAUUCAUGGCAUUGCCGAAGCCCCAAAGCCGGCAGUACCUGAAGCCUUCUUACUCACUCCUCUAAGGCUCUUGCUGCACUUGACCAUUUUCCACGGACAUGGAGUGCCAAUUUUGUUUCAUCAUGAAUGUAUAUGUUACCCAUUAAUGUUUUAAUAAAGACCUUUGGACUGUA